AUGGCAGGAUUUGAGGGGGUACUAGAGAGUGGAUAUAUGAUAACUGAUCAUGCUCUGAUCACCAGUUUGGUGGAACGAUGGCGGCCCGAGACUUAUACCUUUUAUCUAUCCGUAGGAGAGGUUAUAGUGAUUUUGCAGGAUGUAGAGGUCCUAUGGGGACUACACAUCGAUGGUCCUCCAGUGACAGAGAUAGAUACAUCUCGUACUGUCCAAGAAUGGGGACUCUUAUGUGAGGAGCUUAUUAAUUUUUCUCCUAUGCUGUCAGACUUUGAUGGACAAAGGUUUAAAUUGGAGUGUUUAUCCAGAGCAUUAGAUACAGAGUUGUCAGUCGAUGAUUUGGAUGUCGAAUGUAGAUAG